GACUCAGCCUUACCCCUCUCGGUCCUCCCUCAGCCGAGGAACGUGAGGCCCGAAGAGAGGGGUCGAUUGUGGCACUGUCGCUGCUGGCAGGAGUCCGCGAUUGGGACCCGGACCCGAUUCCCAUCCCAUCGGUGUUAACGCACGCUUCUUGCCAGGACCUUUUGCCCCUUCCCCCUCGAGGCUCGUUUUUUCUCUCCAUGAGAUGCAGAGAUGCAAAUCAUAGAUGACAGGAUUGGACAUUGAGAAGGACCAGAUUAUUGAGAUGGCCUGUCUGAUAACUGACUCUGAUCUUAACAUUUUGGCUGAAGGUCCUAACCUGAUCAUAAAGCAGCCAGAUGAGUUGCUGGACAGCAUGUCCGAUUGGUGUAAGGAGCAUCAUGGGAAGUCUGGUCUUACCAAGGCAGUGAAGGAGAGUACAAUUACAUUGCAGCAGGCAGAGUAUGAAUUUCUGUCCUUUGUACGACAGCAGACUCCUCCGGGGCUCUGUCCACUUGCAGGAAAUUCAGUUCAUGCAGAUAAGAAGUUUCUUGACAAAUACAUGCCCCAGUUCAUGAAACAUCUCCAUUAUAGGAUAAUUGAUGUGAGCACUGUUAAAGAACUGUGCAGACGCUGGUAUCCAGAGGAAUAUGAAUUUGCACCAAAGAAGGCUGCCUCUCACAGGGCACUUGAUGACAUUAGUGAAAGCAUCAAAGAACUUCAGUUUUACCGAAAUAACAUCUUCAAGAAAAAAACAGAUGAGAAAAAGAGGAAAAUUAUAGAAAAUGGGGAAAAUGAGAAGACUGUGAGUUGAUGCCAGUUCUCAUGCUGCCACAACAUAGUUCUCUGGAAGCGACUUCUAGUGGUUUUUUCCCUCCUUUUUCAUGCUGAUUGUUUGGCAGAGCUCUUUUAGUUAACUUUCAUCUCCAGAUUACUCAAGCACACAACACUAUAUACUGUUUCCAUUGUACACUGAAGCUCCUUUGUAAGUACCAGGUCAUGCCCAUCCCUUGGUACAUACUUGCAUUUGCUUUUAGACUAUUUCUUUUGUUUAAUAAUAAAUGAAUAAAUAAAACUAGUUGUAUUGAAAUGCA